CUUCCGCGGCCCGUAUAAAAACUUUUCAGUGCGCUUCUUCGAAUGACAUUGCUGUGUUGGCGGAGACACGUAACGCGUCCUGAGUCAACGGAGUCAACGCACAGAACACUUUUUCGUCUACUUUUUUAUCCGACUUUCAAAGUACAUCAAUCAAAAUGCGUGAGUGCAUCUCCAUCCACGUGGGUCAAGCUGGCGUUCAGAUUGGCAAUGCAUGCUGGGAGCUGUACUGCCUGGAACAUGGCAUUCAGCCUGACGGCAACAUGCCACCCGACAAGCCCAGGGGUGGCGGUGACGACUCCUUCAACACGUUCUUCAGCGAGACGGGUGCCGGGAAGCACGUUCCGCGGGCUGUGUUUGUGGACCUGGAACCGUCUGUGAUUGAUGAGGUCCGAUCGGGAGCCUAUCGCAGCCUGUUCCACCCGGAGCAGCUCAUCAAUGGGAAGGAGGACGCAGCCAAUAACUACGCCCGUGGUCACUACACUGUCGGCAAGGAGAUCAUCGACAUCGUCCUGGAGCGUGUCCGCAAGCUGACUGACCAGUGCACAGGUCUCCAGGGCUUCCUGAUCUUCCACAGCUUCGGUGGAGGCACCGGCUCCGGCUUCACCUCCCUGCUGAUGGAGCGUCUGUCCGUCGACUACGGCAAGAAGUCCAAGCUGGAGUUCGCCAUCUACCCCGCGCCCCAGGUGUCCACCGCAGUGGUGGAGCCCUACAACUCCAUCCUGACCACCCACACCACCCUGGAGCACUCCGACUGUGCCUUCAUGGUGGACAAUGAGGCCAUCUACGACAUCUGCAGACGCAACCUGGACAUUGAGCGGCCCAGCUACACCAACCUCAACAGGCUGAUUGGCCAGAUCGUGUCCUCCAUCACCGCCUCCCUCCGAUUCGACGGAGCCCUGAACGUGGACCUGACUGAGUUCCAGACCAACUUGGUGCCCUACCCCCGUAUCCACUUCCCCUUGGUGACGUACUCCCCCAUCAUCUCCGCUGAGAAGGCCUACCACGAGCAGCUGUCGGUCGCUGAGAUCACCAGCGCGUGCUUUGAGCCGUCCAAUCAGAUGGUGAAGUGCGACCCGCGUCACGGCAAGUACAUGGCCUGCUGCAUGCUGUACCGGGGAGAUGUGGUGCCAAAGGACGUCAACGUGGCCAUCGCCAACAUCAAGACCAAACGUUCCAUCCAGUUCGUGGACUGGUGCCCCACUGGCUUCAAGGUGGGCAUCAACUACCAGCCCCCCACAGUGGUGCCCGGUGGAGACCUGGCCAAGGUGCAGAGGGCCGUGUGCAUGCUGAGCAACACCACCGCCAUCGCCGAGGCCUGGGCCCGUCUGGACCACAAGUUCGACCUGAUGUACGCCAAGCGCGCCUUCGUGCACUGGUACGUGGGGGAGGGCAUGGAGGAGGGCGAGUUCUCCGAGGCCCGCGAGGACCUGGCGGCACUGGAGAAGGACUACGAAGAGGUGGGGGCGGAGUCUGUCGACGACGAGGAGGAAGGCGAGGAGUACUGAGCGGAGCCGACUGCAUCUUCUGAGCCUGUGCCCACUGCCACCCUGCCAAAGGGAUCAACAUUCUCUCUCGUCUGUCUGUUUCUGUGUGUGUCUUCAUCUGUCCCUGUUGUCUGAUUUCCUUUUGUUUGUGAACUCUUGUUUGUACUCGUGGUGUUGUCUGAUAAGUGACUGGUCUCAGUUUUCAGUGACCGUUGUGUUUGUAAAAACACAGACUGCUGCUGUUGCCCACUGUUUCAGUGUUUUCUAUUCCCCUGAAUAAAGAUCUUAUGUUAAC